AUGUUUUCUUUCUUUGUCGUUUCUUCCAUUCAAGCAGUCAUAGGUGUCGAUGUUGGUAGUGAAGCUCUUCGUGCUUCAAUGAUCAAUAUUGGCCAGCAAAUUGAGACUUUGGGCGGACAUGAAAGCGUUGAUUCAUUUCCUUACGUAUUGACCGUUGUUCCGAAGAAGUACCCUGUCCCUGAUGUUCUGCGCGAUGAGAACAUAGAUGAUUUUGAUUUCAUUUACAAUGAUAAAAAGAAAAUGGCAAAAUUUCCGAAUUCAACAAUACGUUUCGCAUCUUCAUUACUAGGGAAAUUACGAUCGAAAGAGUUCAUAGAUCUGCUUGAAAGAAGAAGAUUAUGGGGUAAACCAUCAAAUAUUUCAAAUAAUCGACUAUUUGUAGCCGGAUUGCCACCAGAAACAGUAUUUACACGCGCAUUUCACUUUCUUAACUCAACAAUAAACUCUCAUCUACCGCAUGUGAAAUUAGACGCUUUUUCUGUUGCAGUUCCAAAAUUUUUUACCCAAGGACCAAGAGAUUCUCUACAUACGGCAGCGAAAAGAGUAGGUUUGAAGCCUUUCAUUGUUGAUUCUACUAGAGCUAUAGGUACUUGGUAUGGUCAAACUUUUUAUAAUCAAAUAAAAAGCACUCAGAACAUAGUUUUCUUCAGUAUUGGAGCAUUAAAUACGGAAAUAUACACAAUAAAGUUUAGUCGCGCUCAAAAUAAGACAUUAUUGAUCGAAGAAAUCGAAUAUGAAUUUGCUGAUACAAUUGGAGGUCGAGAUUUCGAUGUUCUUAUAGCCGAUUACAUUGCAAAUCAAUUUAAACAUCCAAUUACGCCAAAAGCAGAGCAAACUCUGCUGUUUGAAGCCGAAAAAAUUAAAAAAUUACUUACAGUCAACAAAUAUACGAAUGGAUAUAUAGAAUUACUUGAUGACAAGCAUGAUCUGUCAUAUUUUAUCAAUAUUUCGGAGUUUAAAUCGAUUUCGGAACCAAUAUUAAAUUCAAUCGAAAAUUUAGCUAAGAAAAUCAAAACAAAACCAGAUAAACUGUUUCUUCUAGGUGGUUCCUGUAGAAUGCCGAUGAUACAAGACCUCGUUAAGCAGGUUUUUAAGUUAGAUUCGAUAUCAACUUCACUUCUAAAGGAUGAAAUGAUGUCGCAAGCCACUACUAUCUUUUCUGCAACCAUGAAUAGCCAGUUCCUCAUGAAACCAAUCGAAUAUACCCCAAUUCAGCUCUAUUCUCCGAGUAUUUUCGGUUUCAAGGGAGUUUUGCCGAUAAAUACGACCACUUUUACUCCGAAAUCGAAUUAUUACGUACAAAUAAGUGCCUCUCAAAUGCCAAUUGGUUCUUCAAUGUUUUAUGUGUUUGGAACAGCCGGACAAAGCACUUCCUUGGGCCAAACGAAGGAUGGAUUGUUCAGAUUUCAUGGGUUAUGUGGGAAAACUAUCAGAAAUUGGAAGAAUUCCCUUUUGGAAGUUUAUCCAAAAAUUAUGAAACAAGAAUUUGACAAAUUGGAGCUGUUUGAAGCUACAAAUCGUAUGUAUGACUUAAUACUAAUGGAAAACAAGUCUGUUUACGGAGAAAACUCUCAAUUUUCUUGCGAAUAUGAAAAAAUAAAAUUAUUAAAAGCAGUAAAUCAGACAAACCGAUGGUUUUUGAGUCAGAAGAAGUAUAAACUAGAUACACUGACCGAGAAAAUCAAGUUCCUUGAAGAUUCUGCUUCAGAAAUCUUUCAUAGAAUCCAAAAUCAUCGAUUUCUUGAAGCUAGUAUCAAAAACUUGACCGAAGCAUUGUUAUUUGCUGAAACUGAGAUAAGAAGAGCACCUUACAGAGAUCUCAGCCCUCAAAGAAAAAAAUAUCGUUUAAUGAUUCAAGAAAUCCAAGAAACAAAGCUGUGGCUUGAAGAAAAAAAGAUAUUACAAAGUAAAAUACUGCCACACGAAAACCCAGUCCUUGUUUGGACUGCUGUUUCUGAGAAAACUGAAAAAAUUCUUCGAAUGAUUCAUUAUAUUGUUAAACAUCGCGGCCCAUACGUUCCUAAUCCACUUAAGAAUAUCAAAAAACAAGGAAAUGGCGUCGAAGUUGAUAUUCACAACAAAUAA